CGCGAGCUCAGUCGCGUUGCGUCCGUCAAAGCUGAAGCAUGUGGCUGCUGCAGGUGCUCUUCGUUUGCUGUUUGCUGGCCACCACUUGGGCCACCUUUGGGGAUGAGGCCAUCUUCGAGGAUGAGGAUAUUUACAAUCAGGCGCUGCCGCCAGUGCCACACACGGGCAUCACGGCGCCAGGCACCAAAUGGUGUGGGCCCGGCAAUACGGCAGCAAAUUUCGAUGACUUGGGCAGAGAGCGAGAGACGGACAAGUGCUGUCGGGCACACGACCACUGCGAGGAGAUCAUCGAGUCACACAGCGCGCUGCACGGACUACCCACCAACACGGAUUGGUUUCCCAUCCUCAAGUGUACCUGCGAGCAAACGUUCAUCAACUGCCUGCAGGCAGUCAACAGUCUCACGUCCAACACCUUGGGCCGCAUCUACUACGGCAGUCGGAGGAAGUGCUUUGCCAAUGGCUAUCCCACCACUGGGUGCAAGCAGUACCAGGAGGGAACGUUCCGCAAGCGUUGCAUACGCUACAAUGUGGACAAGGCCUCGGCAAAGGUCUGGCAAUUCUAUGACAUGCCAUUUUACACAAUCCACCACACGAAUGCCGCCUGACAUGACCAUGGAACGAACAGUUCCUCUUGUUUCGGAUGAUGUUAGCUGAUAGAUGGGUUCUGGAAUUACAGAUGAAGAGCAGGAGAG